AUGUCGGGUUUCUCUUUCUCACUCUUUGCUCUUAUGAGCUUGGGAUUAGUUGGAGUUGUUGUUUGUGGAAAUUUUAGCAGAGAUGAUUUCCCUUCUGGGUUUUCGUUUGGUGCUUCUUCUUCAGCUUAUCAGACGGAGGGUGCUGCAAACGAAGAUGGAAGGACUCCAAGCAUAUGGGACACCUUUACUCAUGCUGGGUACGUCAAAGGAGCCACCGGAGACAGAGCAAGUGAUGGAUAUCACAAAUACAAGGAAGAUGUCCAACUCAUGGCCGAGACAGGUUUAGAUGCGUAUAGAUUCACCAUUUCAUGGUCAAGACUAAUCCCAAAUGGAAGAGGACCCAUAAAUCCAAAGGGCUUACAAUAUUACAACAACUUAAUCAAUGAAUUAAUAAGCCAUGGCAUCCAACCACAUGUUGCAUUACACCAUUUUGAUCUCCCAGAGAUACUUGAAGAUGAGUAUGGAGGAUGGGUUAGUCGAAAGAUUAUUAAAGACUUCACGGAAUAUGCAAAUGUGUGCUUCAGAGAGUUUGGUGAUAGAGUCAAACAUUGGACUACUAUAAGUGAGGCAAAUGCGUUUUCAUUGUCAGGUUAUGACUGGGGAGUGACACCGCCUCGACGAUGUUCGUAUCCAUAUGGCAACUGCUCCAGAGGCGACUCCACAACUGAGGCAUACAUUGCAGCUCAUCAUAUCUUGUUGUCACACGCAUCAGCAUAUAGAUUGUAUGAAAAAAACUACAAGGACAAGCAGCACGGAUUUGUGGGAAUCACUAUCAUUGCUCAUGCAUUUGUCCCUCUAACAGACAGCAAGGAAGAUGAAAUUGCUACUAAAAGAGCAAAUGAGUUUUUUAUUGGUUGGUUUUUGCAUCCCUUGACGUUUGGAGAUUACCUUCCUUUGAUGAAGAAGAGUGCAGGCUCAAAGAUUCCGGCCUUCACCGUUCAAGAAUCCGAAAGCGUUACUGGUUCCCUCAACUUUUUAGGACUUAAUUAUUAUUUUGCAGUGAACAUCAAGCACAUACCCAGAACCCUUCCGCCGGAAAAGAGGGACGUUAAAGCAGAUAUCGGAAUACAACUACUUGCUACGAAAAACAUAACGUCACAAUUUGAGUAUCCGAUCACACCCUGGUACCUGGCAGAAAUUUUGGAGUAUGUAAAGCAACAUUAUUACAAUCCUCUUAUUUAUAUCUAUGAAAAUGGUCAAAAAACUAGGCAUAAUUCAACAUUGGAAGACUGGCCGAGGAUUGAAUACUUGCACGCACAUAUCGGGACUAUACUUGAUAGUAUAAGGAAUGGUUCGAACGUGAAAGGGUAUUUCACAUGGUCUUUCUUGGAUUGUUUUGAAUUGAUAGACGGCUAUGAAUCCAGCUACGGUUUGUACUACGUAGAUUUUGAUGAUCCGGAAUUGAGAAGACAACCAAAGCUCUCCGCCUAUUGGUAUUCUCAUUUCUUAAAGAGAAAAGGCAUCACUAUGGACAUCUAAACUUAGAUUUUACUAUGUUGUUGUCCCAUGCAUUUGCAGAGCAUUAAAAAAAAAAGUUCCAAAAAAAAUAAAAUUUUAUUUUAAGAAAAAAAGGAAAAGAAAAA